CCUCCAAAAUAAAACAGAAACCUCGAUAUCUUUCCACUAAUCUGACAGUUAUUAAUCUCACCACCAAUCACUUGGGGCCACGUUUUCACACCCCCUGAAUCAAGUAUAUUCCCUCACAAUUUUUCUUUACAGCGCUGACACCCCCAAAACCCUAAACCCCUGAUUUCUGAUUCCGAGUGGUCUAUGAUCGCUCAUUUCGAACGCAAGCUCAGCUGCUCAAGCUUGCCGAGUUUCAUUAGUAUGCAAAGCUCUGUCAAGCAGAAACUUCGUGCUUUUCUAUAGACUCAGUGUGCUGGAAGAUGUUGAGCUACACUGUAUUGCUCGGUUUAUUUCUUCUUCUCAUGGUGGACCAAACGGCGUCGCAUUUGAGCUCUGGUCCACACAUUGCAGACGUCAAUAUUCUGCUGCCUCCCAAAAUGACUCAUCCGGUCGAGUAUAGGCUUCAGGGAAGUGAUGGUUGCUUCAAAUGGUCAUGGGAUCAUCACGAUAUUCUGUCUGUUCUGCCCGAAUAUAAUUCAACUAGUCACUGCUCAACAAGUGCGCGGUUGAGAUCAAUUGCUCCUUAUAGUGGUCGAAAGGAGACUGCUGUUUACGCUGCUGAUGUAAAUACUGGAGCUGUGAUUCGCUGCAAAGUGUUUAUUGACAAACUUUCCAGAAUUCAGAUAUUUCAUAAUUCCAUUAAGCUUGACUUAGAUGGGCUUGCCACGCUUCGAGUCCGUGCCUUUGAUAGUGAAGGUACUCUUUGAAAUGCUAAUGAUCACGAGAUGUUUGGGGCCAUUGAAUUCU